AGUGUUUAAACCGUUAAGCACGCAGAUCCACCCGGUCAGCAACAUUAGACGGUUAGUCCCACUCUGCCUGCUGGUGCGCUUAGAUCCAGCUCGUAGAGGGGAAAUUGAGCUUGUAGAAAUGAACUCCUCUUAGAUCUUUAUUAACCUGUGAUUGAUUGAUUCUGCUUGCUUCGAAAGCCACUGCAGACCACCGGAAUGUUCAAGUUUAAGGGCCGGAGACGAAGCCUUUUCCCCAAUUACAAGCUUGGGGGAACAAACCAAUGUCCUGCUGAUCCUGUGGAGGAAGAUGAGCUUCCGUUCGCCCAGCAAAACUGGCUUAAACCAUGGAAUUCCAUGCAGGAACUCAGUCGAGACAUCUACGACAUCUCUGAAGACUAUGAUGACGACGAUGAUGAUCGGUUCAUGCCCUCUGCUCUAAAGCUUUCGUCUCCAAUGAAGAACUACAUGCUGAACAUCAACGUCGGAGGAAAAGUCUACCAGAUCUCCUACAGGGUGGCGGCAAAAUAUCCCAAGACGAGAAUCGGCCGCCUCGCGACAUACACGGACCACAACCGAAAGCUCGACCUCUGCGAUGACUACGUUGUCCAGAACAAUGAGUUCUUCUUUGACAGGGAUCCGGACAUCUUCCACAACAUCUUCAACUUCUACCGCACCGGGGUUCUCUGGAUUAAAGACGAGUUGUGUCCUCGCAACUACUUGGAGGAGAUCAACUACUGGGGCGUCCGGAUCAAGAACACCCACCGGUGCUGCCGAAUCUCGUUCGAAGAGCGGCAGGAUGAGCUGAACGAGCAGCUGAAGGUCCAGCGAGAGCUUCAGGCUGAGAUUGAGGUGGAAGAAAAUGAAGAGCUCUUCAGGGGGAUGGCUUUCGGUCAUACUCGGCGCAGAAUCUGGAAUCUCAUGGAAAAGCCAUUCUCCUCAAUUACAGCCAAGCUCAUGGCUGUGGCUUCCAGCUUGUUUGUGCUGGUCUCGUUGGUGGCCAUGACCCUCAACACAGUGGAGGAGAUGCAGUACAAGACGGCGACCGGCCAACUAAGCGGGAAGACCUACGCAGAGCAUGUGGAGACCCUCUGCAUUGCUUUCUUUACCAUGGAGUACCUGCUUCGGCUUGUGUCCACACCGGAUAUCAAGCGGUUCGGGAGGAGCGUGCUGAACGGUGUGGACUUGAUCGCCAUCCUUCCACUCUACCUGCAGAUGGUUCUGGAGUGCUUUGAGAACGAGGACCAUCAGAGGCACCACAGCGACAUUGAGACAGUGGGGAGGGUGGGCAAAGUGGGACAAGUUCUACGUAUCAUGCGACUCAUGAGGAUCUUUCGUAUUCUGAAGUUGGCUCGACACUCAACGGGACUGCGGGCGUUUGGCUUCACUCUUCGCCAGUGCUACCAGCAAGUUGGUUGCCUGUUUCUCUUUAUCGCAAUGGGAAUUUUCACCUUCUCAGCUAUGGUUUACACAGUGGAACAUGAUGUACAGAAGACAAACUUCACCAGUAUACCUCAUGCAUGGUGGUGGGCAGCGGUCAGCAUCUCCACUGUGGGUUAUGGAGACAUGUUCCCAGAGACUCACCUGGGGAGGAUCUUUGCAUUCGCCUGCAUCUCUUUUGGGAUCAUUCUGAACGGCAUGCCCAUCUCCAUCCUGUACAACAAGUUCUCAGAUUACUAUUCUAAGCUGAAGUCUCAUGAGUACACCUCAACCGUGAAAGCUCGGGGUAAAAUCAGGUUUGCCAAAAGAGCUGCCAAGAUGUUGUCAGAGUGCUGCGAGAAACCUUACUCGACUGCGCCAGCACCGCUCCACUGCGAAUAACUGCAACUGCUAACACUACCUAUAUACAAGGGUUGGACAAUAAAACUGAAACACCUGCCAUUUUUCAUGGCUUCAUGGCUAAAUUGGAGCAGCCUGGUGGCCAAUCUUCAUUAAUUGCACAUUGCACCAGUAAGAGCAGAGUGUGAAGGUUCAAUUAGCAGGGUAAGAGCUUUAACAGUUUUGCUCCAAAUAUUGCAAUGCACACAACAUUAUGGGGGACAUACCAGAGUCCAAAUUUGGACAAAUUGUUGGUGCACGUCUUGCUGGCACAUCUGUGACCAAGACAGCAAGUCUGUGAUGCAUCAAGAGCCAUGGUAUCCAGGGUAAUGUCAGCAUACCACCAGGAAGGACCAACCACAUCCAACAGGAUUAACUGUGGAUGCUGUAAGAGGAAUACUCUACCAUGUGACAUUACAGAUGCUUAUUGAAACAAUGCCACAGCGAAUCCAUGCUAAAGAUGCUCCAACCAAAUAUUAGACUAUUAGAAUAUAUAAGCUAUUCUCAUACACAAAUCACAGCUGUAUACACUCAGGCAAUCUUACUAGGCUGGAAUUUUAGAGUAAAAUCUCUAUUUUCAUCUAUUUUUGUUUUUUUAAGGAUACUUUUUAAAUUCUUUUUUUUUCUGUGCAUAAUUGAUUAACCUAUUUUUCUUAAACACUUUAUUACUAUCAUUAUCUUUUGUAAAUAUUUGGUAAAGAAUGAAAUAUUGAGGGUUAAACUUUUUUUUUUGCACCACAUUAACUUCACCAGUCCCACCAGUCUCUGAGACACUGAGUCUCUGAUUAUUAGUUUACACCUUUUCCUUCAAUGUUUUAAUUUUUUUCCUACACUGUAAAUUAAUACUGAAGUGAUCCAGACUAUGAAGGAACACAUAAUGAAUCAUGUAGUAACUUAAAGUGUUAAACCAAAAUACUCUGUGAAGAAGCAUUUAAAUGCUCUUGUUAACUUGCAGUUUCCGAGGCUGGUAACUCUGAUUAACUAAUCCUGUACAACAGCGGAAACUCUUGCUCUUCCUUUCCCAGGGUGGUCUCGAUGAGAGCCAGUUUUAUCAUAAAUGUUUAAUGGACUUUGUGGUGACUGUACCUGAGGAUAGUUUCAAAGUUCUUGAUUUUUUUUCAGAUUAACUGACCUUCAUAAUAUGGAUUAGAACAUUACUGUAAUCAAGCUAUUUACUGUAUAACUGUAACUCUACCUCUUCACUACUUUACAACUGAUGCUCUCAAACACAUUAAGAGACAAGAAAUUCAGGUAAUUAACUCUUGACGAGUUCAGCACAGCUGUUAACUGAAAGCCUGAAAUUCCAGGUGACUCUACCUCAUGAAGCUGACUGAGAAAAUCCAGCCAAGCUGUGUAAAACUAUCUCUAUCCAAGCAAGAGGUGCAACUUUGAAUAAUCUAAAAUAUAAAACAUUUUCGGGUUUGUUUAACACUUUUUUGUUUUCUGACAUAAUUCCAUAUGUAUUUUCUUCAUAGUUUGGAACGGUAAUAGUCUUGAUCUACAAUGCAGAAUAUAUACAGUUCUGGAAAAAAAAUUAGAGACCACUUCAGUUUCUGAAUCAGUUUCUCUGAUUUUGUUAUUUAUAGGUUUAUGUUUGAGUGAAAUAAACAUUGUUUUUUUUUCUAUAAACUACCGACAACAUUUCUCCCAAAUUCCAAAUAAAAAUAUUGUCAUUUAGAGCAUUUUUUUUGCAGAAAAUGAGAAAUGGCUGAAAUAACAAAAAAGAUGCAGAGCUUUCAGACCUCAAAUAACGCAAAGAAAACAAGUUCAUAUUCAUAAAGUUUUAAGUUAAGUUCAGAAAUCUAUAUUUGGUGAAAUAACCCUAAUUUUUUUCAUCACAGUUUUAAUGAAUCUUGGCAUGUUCUCCUCCACCAGUCAUACCCACUGCUUUUGGAUAAUUUUUGUAGCUUUUUUUGGCGGUUUGUGAUCAUCCAUUUUCCUCUUGAUUAUAUUCCAGAGGUUUUAAAUUUUUCCAGAACUGUAUAUGCUUCUAAUAUAUUAAUCACAACCAUGUACACUCAGGACAUCUUGUAAGAAUGUAAUUGGUCAGUAAAAUCUCUAUUUUUGUAAUGUUUUUUUUAUGGCAGUGUUCAUUGUUUUUGGGUAUUUGCAAAUAUGUACUAUAAAAUGCUACUGAAACAGAAUCAGAGUCCAGCGUAACAUUAGAAUAAGAGGAAAUAAUCCAGGGAGGAUUGCUUUAGAUAACGAGUUGAUAGUCGAAACAUCUGGCCCAGAAUAGUUCCAAUACUUUUUCCUGCUCUUUAUGGGCAUCUGUGUAAGAUCGAAUCUGUAAAAUCCGAUUUAUGCUUCAUGUAAACAGCUUUCCUUAAGCAACAGGCUUUCAGUGCUGCACAGAUUGGACCAGCUCCAGAAUCUCACGACUGAAAAAAGUACAGUUGUCUCCUGUUUUAUAAAUACCUGCUAUUUGAAAACUGAUAAUGUGUAUUAUUACUGCUGCUCUGGUCAAGGUACCAGGGUUAUUGUCUAGAUACUAGGGUCAUGAAGGGGGUUCUGGAGAGUUCUGUUGAGUAAGCGGGUUAAUUGGCACUUCUAAAAUUGGUGAAAAACUGUACAAAAAAGGUGAAAUGCAAGAAUAGUGUCGGGAGGCUUUAAAUCCACCCCUGAUUCCGUUUUAUUUAGUGAAUUUGUGGAGCUGCACAGAUUGGACCAGCUCCAGAAUCUCACUACUGAAAAAAAGUACAGUUCUCUCCUGUUUUUUAAAAACCUGCAAUUUAAAAACUGAUAAUGUGUAUUAUUACUGCUGCUGUGGUCAUGGUACUAGGUUUCAAGGGUUAUUGUCUAAAAACUAGGGUCAUAAAUGGAGUUCUGGUGAGUCAGCGGGUUAAUUGGCACUUCUAAAAUUGGUGAAAAAUCUACAAAAAAUGGUGAAAUGCUGGAAUAGUGUCAGGAGGCUUUAAAUCCACCACUGAUUCAAUUUUAUUUAGUGAAUUUGUGGAACUGCACAGAUUGGACCAGCUCCAGAAUCUCACUACUGAAAAAAAGUACAGAUUUCUCCUGUUUUUUAAAUACCUGUGUAUGUGUAUUAGUACUGCUGCUGUGGUCAAAGUACUAGGCUUUAAUUACCAUCCCUAUUGCCUAGAUACUAGGUCAUAAAGGGAGUUAUGGUGUUCUGGUGAGUCAGUGGGUUAAUUGGCACUUCUAAAAUUGGUGAAAAACUGUACAAAAAAGGUAAAAUACAAAAAAAGUGUCUGGAGGCUUUAAAUCCAGCACUGAUUCAGUUGUAUUUAGUGAAUCUGCAGAGCUGUAGCUUACUUUAUGAGAACUCCACCGAAGAAUUUGAGGACAAAGACUUCAAACAGGAUUUUUUUGGGUCUCAAUCUUGAGGCGUUCUCGCUCUCAGCUGGACUCAGAUCCCUUUAGACUCGGUCAUGACUCAAUCUAGACAAUAAUCGUAGUUUUUGUCUUGAUUAUAGCAAUACUUUCUAUUAGUAGACUGCAAAAUCCAAAAUCUGUUGAUUCCAAAACUUUACAUUAAAUAUAAUCAAGAUUCAAACCAUCUGAAAACCAACAAAUUAAAGAAAAGCAACAGUAUGCCUCUGUAAGCACAGACAAUCCCUUAAGGCUUAAUCUCUGCAGAUUGUAAAGAAACCAGUGUUAUGGUGAAUAAGCCCUGUCUCGGCUCAGCGAGUGCACUGAGAGAAGACAGAUGGAUGUGGAACAAGACAACAGAAUUAAUUCUGUAGUUUCCACUUCCUCCACAUUCCCUCCCUUUCUGAGUAAAGGCCUCCAGCAGCUGAAGGCUGAAGCUCCAUAGCUCUGGACUCGGGAGGACACAGCUCUGGAGGACACAGGGACGAGGGGUUAGAAACACCUAAAGGAAUGUGAACUUGAAGGUCUAGAACCCUUAUUCCGCAGCCUAAAAAAAAGCUUAAACACUCCUUUGUACACUUUCUGACGGAGUCAAAACAAUUCUACGCUCACAAAAACAAUCCUUUCAUGCAGACAAAACACUUUAACUGCCUCAUUUCACAUCCUCACUCAUCGUCAAAGAAAGAGCUGCACCCAGACGGAAGUGUCAGAUUGCAAUGCUGUUCAGAAGGAAGACCUUCCUGUUACCAGGAACAAUAAAUGAUUAAGAUUUAAAAGAUUAGAUUUCGACUGAUAUAAGCAAAUCUUGGCCAUAUUUAUUGAGCAGCAAAUAAAGAAAUAGUGUCUAACGCAUGUGUAAUGAUGUAACAAGCCAGAUGUUUUGGCAUUGAGUCAUAGAGGUUCCUACUGGUGUUCUGUGAUAAUUGAUUUAGACUUGAUGUAACACAGUGGAUCAACACCAGCAGAUGACAUGACUCUCCAAACCAUCACUGAUCAUCAGUAAAUUUUACAUUUCAUUUAUAAAUCAAGGGAUCAGAGUCUGGAGGAAGAGUGGAGAGACAGUGUAAGCUGCUUGAGGUCUAGUGUGAAGUUUCUACAAUCAGUGAUGGUUUGAUGGAGAGUCAUGUCAUCUGCUGGUGUUGAUCCACCGUGUUUUAUUAUUAAGUCUAAAGUCAGUGCAGUUUUGUCUUACAGCACUUUUUUUUGAGGAUUUCAUUUUCCAGCAGGAUUUGGCACACUGCCCACACUGACAAAAGUAUCACUUGGUCUUUUAUAAUAUUCAAAUUUUCUGAGAAACUGAUUUCUGGGUUUUCAUUGGCUGUAAGCCAUAAAAUCAUCAACAAUUAAAUAAACACUUAAAUAACACUUAAAAUAGA